AUGACAUUGGGAAUUUCGCAGAGCACCGAGACAAAAGAAGAGGCCAGUUUGAAGAAGUCGCCGUCCAUCACGAACAUCUCGAAGUUUGCACAGCCGAAACCGCUGCCGAUCAGCUUUAAUAUGAAGAUCAGCGAGGAGCUGGCCGACAUCAAGACGGCAUUGACGGAUCUGAAAGCGCGCUCGAAAAACAACAACCAGAGUCUGACGAAACUGAACGAGAAUCUGACAAGGUUUAAUGAGACGACGGGCGGCGAGGAGCGCAAAGAGCUUCAGACACUGGUCGAGCAGCUGCGCGAAAUUGCCGAGGAGUUGAGGACAACAAGGGAACUGGGGGAGGGCGAAGCGGACACAGAGGCUGUCAAAUACACAAAAGACCAGUUAGUGGCUGAUCAGGGCUAUUUGGAGGCCCUCCGCGCCGAGCAGCUCGAGCUGCUUCAGAAAAAUAAAGCGGCCGCCAAAGAGCUUAUGCGCACAGAAUUGGCCGCGUCUCAGCUGCGUUCGAAAUGCACACAGUACGCCGCGCACCUGAAGACGCUCCGGAGCGAGUUCAAGCAGCUGGAGGCGGAGAAAGAGCGCCUGAUCAGCGAUCUAGAGCAAGAAAAACAGAACAGCCACGCGCAGGGCGGCCAGAAACUGCUGGACUUGCUCACAGCAGCGUCUCUCGACGACGGCGAUACUUCCCGAGCAGGCACGCGCGCAGAAAACAAGGAGAACCACCGCAUUGUCAGCUCCGUUUAUUAA